UUCGAUGUGAACUCUAGACUCCGCAGAGGAGUUUCUUCAUUUCUGUAACUUUUUGGAGAACUAGAUGCAGAUUUUUGCUCGCAAAAUAACUCUAUCAGUGAGUGAUGAAGAGGCGGAAGCGGACCGGGUAUUUCCGGGAGCGCGGCUUCAUCUGGGCGUUUAACCCCAAAACUUAUUUCUGGGGCGUUUGUGCGCGCGCGUUUGGAAUGAAGCGUGUCUCGCGCGUGUGGGUCUUUGAGCGCGCGCUGCCGGUCUGAGCGCUGAUGGGAAACCAGGCGGAGAAGCUCGCGCACCUCACUUACGCCGAGGUACCGACUGCGGAGCCGAGCGGCGCGGAUGCAGAGGACGACGGCGCGCGCAUCGGCGUGUCCUACAUCUUCUCUACAGACGACGACGACGACGACACCACCGCGUCGGCUGAUGACAGGACGGAUGAAAGGACGACGCACGAGCUCGAGUGCGCUGUGUACCACACGGCCGCGUGCGUGUAUGAGAGGCGCGCACGCGACUUGCGCACGCACUCUGCUGAGACCCUGAUGAGCGCGUGCGUGCCCGGGGACCUCGUGGAGUUCGUGGCUGCGGGUCAGAGUCCGCACUGGGCUGUGUACAUCGGGGACUUCCAGGUGGUGCACCUGCACAGGGCGGAGGUGAAGUGCGGGUUCGUGAUGGACGCGAGCCGCGGGAGACGCUGCCGGAUCGUGAACCAGCUGUACAGGUUCGAGCCCCUGAGCGCCGCCGCCGUGGUGCGAAACGCCACCGAGCACGUGGGCAUGAAGGAGCGCGAGCUGAGCUGGAGGAACUCGGAGUGCUUCGCCGCCUGGUGCAAGUUUGGCAGGAGGGAGUUCAAAACGGGUGGAGAGCUGCGCAUUGGCAAACAACCGUACAAGCUGAAGCUGCUGCUGGACAGCAAACAAGCCCACGAGCUCGAGUUUCAGAGUCUGGAGGAUGCGAUCAUGGAAAGGAGACGCAGGGACAUGAUGGACAAACCGGCACUGCUCCAUAAUGAGCUGCAGGGACACAGGUCAACUGACCCAGGACCGAGGCUAUGCACCUUGUAGGCCAAUGCUUUAAAAACUGCAUCACCUCUGUGUCCCACAUUGUUUGUUUGUUUGUUUGUUUGUUUGUUUGUCGAACUGACCAUCAAAAGUGUCUCAACAAGUUCAGAGCCCUCAUGGACCGAAAUGAACAGCUAAGUAAAUCUGAAUGCCAGCAGAUCAUCUGUAAUGCUUCUCUCUGCUGAUCUUAGUGUAUGUACAGGAGACCGAGGAUGAUUGUAACACUUUUUUUGUUUAGUUUUCAGUCCAGGACGGCACGGUGGUGUAGUGGUUAGCGCUGUCGCCUCACAGCAAGAAGGUCCGGGUUCGAGCCCCGUGGCCGGCGAGGGCCUUUCUGUGCGGAGUUUGCGUGUUCUCCCCGUGUCCCCGUGGGUUUCCUCCGGGUGCUCCGGUUUCCCCCACAGUCCAAAGACAUGCAGGUUAGGUUAACUGGUGACUCUAAAUUGACCGUAGGUGUGAAUGGGUGUCUGUGUCUAUUGCCGCUUUUCCACUACAAACGCGGCUGAGUCGGGCUGAGCAGGGCUAUUGGAGUUGCAUUUCGACUACAACCGCGCUGAACCGUGCUGGCUGGAAGUGGGUGGACACAUUGGGUGGAGUUAGCGAAAGUGGGUGGACGUCACAUGAUGUCGUUAAGCAGCGCAAACAGUGACAUCAGUGAGCUUUUAAGCGGUAGUCUCACGACCCGGAGAGUAAACAAUAAACAUGGAGUCGUUAGUGUUGCUGGUCUUGGUGCUGUGGCUUGUUGUCACCGACAACGCCAACAGAUACUGGCAAGAGCGUAUAGAUGAGGCGAGGCGCAUAAGGCUUCAGAAAUUCUCGUAAUUCGGAAUUCUUCUCCUUCCGGGUUUACGGUGUUUACAGAUCCCAGCGUGCUCGCGGGGCGUGUGUGGGCGUGUGAGGACACUCCUCCUCACCAAU